CACUAAAAAAAUCAAGAAACCGGAAAUCUAGUACGAGUUGUAGAGCUAAGUUUUCCUCAACAAUGGCGACCUCCUCUUUCGCUUCGUUGGCGACGGCGGCAUCCACGCUGAAGGAUUCUCCGGUCUCUGCCUCUCUCUCUACAGCGCAUCCCCACAAAACCCUCCUUCUUCACCCCCUAAACCCCCUCCUCCCUUCACUUUCCACCAGGUGCAGGAUUCAUAGAAACCUAGCAGGAAGAUCGAGCUUCCCUAAGGCCAUCUACAACCCGAACUUCUCCCGGACUUCCUAUCAGGAUAGCAGGAAGGGGAUUUGGUCGAUUAGGGAAGAUUUGCUUGUGCCAUCUUCUCCCUACUUCCCCGUGGAGGCUCAGGGCGGACAAGGCCCACCGCCAAUGGUGCAGGAGCGGUUUCAGAGCGUUAUUAGCCAGCUAUUCCAGCAUAGAAUUAUACGCUGUGGUGGUGCGGUCGAUGAUGACAUGGCAAAUAUAAUUGUAGCGCAGCUUCUUUAUCUCGAUGCAGUGGAUCCUACGAAGGACAUUGUCAUGUAUGUGAACUCUCCUGGAGGAUCAGUGACAGCUGGUAUGGCUAUUUUUGAUACGAUGAGGCAUAUUCGUCCUGAUGUUUCCACUGUAUGUGUUGGAUUAGCAGCCAGUAUGGGUGCUUUCAUUCUAAGUUCAGGCACCAAGGGAAAACGCUUCAGCCUACCAAACUCCCGAAUCAUGAUUCAUCAGCCCCUGGGCGGCGCCCAAGGAGGACAAACUGACAUAGACAUUCAGGCAAAUGAGAUGCUUCAUCACAAGGCCAAUUUGAAUGGAUAUCUAGCUUACCAUACGGGCCAGAGUUGGGAGAAGAUAAACCAGGAUACAGAUCGAGACUUCUUCAUGAGCGCCAAAGAGGCAAAAGAAUAUGGCUUAAUUGAUGGAGUAAUAAUGAAUCCACUGAAAGCUUUUCAGCCUCUCUCAGCUUGAGAUGAAGAAUAAGAAGAAUCAAAUGGGUUCUAAGACUAAGAUUAGAGAUAUCAGAGCUCAAGGAUUGGAGUAAUCUGCUUUGCUGCGAAACUAAAAAUUUUGACCCUUGAGAACACUUUGCCUCAUAUAGUCAGUAUUAUUUGUCUUAUUGUGCCUACUAGAGUUAAGAGUUAGCUUACAAUGCUGCUUGAAUAUUUAUCAAUUAAAUGAAUAUCAGAAAAUUGUGGCUCUUGAAAUUGCAAUCUGUAGCUAUA